UUGAAAGAUUUCAAAAAUAAAGUAUUAACAGAAGAAGAUAUUGAUGAAUUAUAUAAAUUAUAUAAUCCUGAGCCACAAAAACCAAAGGCAAAACCAAAGGAACAAAAACAAAAGGAACAAAACACCCAGGUCCUUCAGACCAUAAAUGAAGCACAAGCUUUAAUUUAUGAUUCAUUAGUUAAACCAUAUUCAGCCCGACUUUUAAAUGAAGAUCAACUUUUGGAAUUCAUCCUUCAACAUAAACUCGAAGCGGGAAAGUAUAUCAAACCUUUAUAUACAGCAUAUUUAAAACAAAUGAAUAGAAUACAUCCAGAAUUAAUGAAGGAAGGAAUGAAAUCCAAAAUCAAAGCAGAUAAAAUUAAACCACUUGCAAUACCAAAACCUCCAACGACAGUACCUCCUCCUUCAGUUAAUCCUUCAUCAUUCACUUUAUUAUAUCCAUUUCAAACAUUAAAGAAGCAAAAAGAUUUUAAAAAGGAUUUCAAGAUAUUAAAUAAACCAAUUGACCCAAAAAUUCAACCGUUAAAGGAAAAAUUUAGUCGCCCUUCAUUUGCACCAUAUCCAUAUUCAUACGAAAUCGAUCAUUUAGAAUAUUCAAAAGGAAACGUUACUUAUUUAUUGCCAUUAACAUUAACACUAGAUAUUUAUAUUGCAUUCCGGUGA